AUGGCACGAUCUGCCAUUGUGCAAGAGUACGACACUCCCCCCACCACACGCUCCGUCACCUUCAGCGUCGACCAAAAAAUCAACCACGAGCGCCUACACAAUGGCAUCACACGCCCGCAGGGCUACACAGUCUCAUAUCAUGCCAACCCAGCCGUCGAAGCGCACCACUUCGGUCAAUCACAUCCCAUGAAACCAUGGCGUCUAGUCCUAACGAAAGAACUCGUCCUCGCAUACGGAAUGCAUCAUGCUAUGGACCUGUAUCUGUCACGCGCUGCGACAUUUGAAGAGAUGGCCGAGUUUCAUACGGCAGAUUAUCUAGACUUUUUGAGGCAGGUGAUCCCCGCCGAUAUGGAGGCUGCAGAGCAAUCGGAUAGAAUUGCCAGUUACAAUAUUGGGGACGAUUGUCCGAUCUUUGAUGGAUUGUUUGAUUAUUGCUCGCUUUAUGCUGGCGGGACGGUCGAUGCGGCGAGGAAACUUAUUAAUAACCAAGCGGAUAUUGCGAUUAAUUGGUCGGGCGGGUUACAUCAUGCGAAAAAGACAGAGGCAAGCGGGUUCUGUUAUGUGAAUGAUAUUGUGCUGGGGAUAUUGCAACUCCUUCGCUUCCAUCCGCGCGUCAUGUACAUUGAUAUCGACGUUCAUCACGGCGACGGCGUGGAACAAGCCUUUUGGUCGACCGAUCGCGUCCUCACCGUUUCGUUUCACAAAUACGACAAGGAUAACUUCUUCCCUGGCACAGGAGGGCUGGAGAGCAACGGCCCCGCUCACCCCUUGAACCCCGGCUCGAAACAUGCAAUCAACGUGCCUCUCAACGACGGCAUCGAAGACGAUGCUUACCUCCAGCUCUACAAAGACGUAGUAAGCUCCUGCGUCGAAACCUAUCAACCAGGCGCAAUCGUCCUACAAUGCGGCGCCGACAGUCUCGGCUGCGACCGACUAGGCUGUUUUAAUCUCAAUGUCACGGGCCACGGUGCCUGCGUCGCAUAUACCAAAACCCUGGGGCUGCCCAUGCUCGUCGUCGGCGGCGGAGGCUACACGCCUCGAAACGUGAGUCGCGCCUGGGCCCACGAGACAUCCAUCCUCAUCGACGCCGUGGAUAAAGUCGACCCCAAUAUCCCCGACACAGUCACGUUCCGAAACCACUUUGGCCCUGAUUACAGCCUUUUCCCACCCCUUUCCGAGAUGCGCAAGAUCGAAAACAAAAACUCAAAACAGUACCUGGCUCAUUUAACGUCGACAAUUCGUGAGCAACUCCGCUAUAUGCAGGGUGCGCCAAGUGUACAGAUGAGUCAUAUCCCACCCGAUAUUCUGGGUCUGAGAGAAGAUGUGGAGAAAGAUCUGGAAGAGGAGAAGGAUUACAUGGAUGAGGAAAGGGAAGAGAGGAAUCAGGGGAUCAGGUCUUCUGCGGGGGCGGCGUCGUCGUCGCCGGUGGAUUCGACUUCGAGGGCGUCGAGGAGAGAUUUAGAAAGGGGAUUAGGGACGAGGGGGGAAUUAGCUGCUUGA